AUGGCAGAGUAUAAAGGUGCAUCGUCAGAGGGGCAGCGACAAGCCAUGCUGGAGAAGCAAAGAGCAAAAAUGUUGAGCGAGUUCGAAAAACAACGGGAAAAGAUCGCUAAAGAUAAUCAAGUCAAUAUAACCAACAGCAAAUUCGUGACACAGUAUGACGAUGUAGAAGAUUCAUUAAAGAAAGAAACGAUUGGGUUGGUUAAGCUUGAAGAUUUUCAAAAAGAUCAGAAAAGAAUUACAA